AUGGGAUGUGGUUGUAUUACAUCGGCUGCUGAAAACCCAAACAAAGUAUCAAAAGUAGAUGAAUUCAACAUCACAGCAAAUGAUCUUGUUGUAAAAAAGUUAGGAAAAAUAAAUAAAGAUUAUGAAAUAAUUAGACCUUCAAUAGGAAAAGGUUUGUAUAAAAUUCAUCUACCUUAUAGGUAGUUUUGGCAAGGUUUACAAAAUUAUACACAAAGUUUCAGGAGUUCAAAGAGCUGUUAAAGUAAUCAGAGCUACUUAAUUUGAUUAAGAUAAAAUUGCUCAAGAAGUGUUAAUUUUAAAAAAAAUGGUUAACAAAUAAUAUUAUAUCUAGGAUCAUCCAAAUAUCUUAAAAAUUUAUGAAUUUUAUCAAGAGGGAAACUAUAUAUCAAUUGUUACCGAAUUGUGCACUGGUGGAGAAUUAUUUGAUAAAUUAUCAAAAGGUUAGAGUUUUAGUGAAGAUAUGGCAGCCAUUACUAUGAGAUAAAUACUUUCAGCAGUUAAUUAUUGCCAUUCAAAUAAUAUAGUUCAUAGAGAUUUAAAGCCUGAAAACUUACUAUAUGAGAGCAAGGAUAAAAAUGCACUUCUUAAACUAGUUGACUUUGGUACCAGCAGCAUUAUUUAACAAAAAAUGAAAUAAAAGCUUGGAACUCCAUACUAUAUAGCCCCAGAAGUUUUAAAUGAAAGUUAUAAUGAAAAAUGUGAUGUUUGGUCUUGUGGUGUGAUACUUUAUAUCUUACUUUGUGGAUAUCCGCCAUUUUAAGGAGGCACUGAAGAAGUUUAUAUUAACUAUACUUGUAGAUGAUUAUGGUAAAAGUAAAGGAGGGAAAAUACAAUCUUGAAACUGAAGAUUGGCAGAGUAUUUCUGAAUAAGCCAAGAAUCUUAUUACUAAAAUGCUAAGAAAGUAUCUAAUCGAUCUAUUUAUAUAAAGAGAUCCUUAAUAGAGAAUUAGUGCUAACGAAGCCCUUAAUCAUCCAUGGAUCUAAAAGUUCAGUUCUGUAGUGGAUGUUUCAAAUUUAAAUAAAGUUCUAAAUAAUAUAAGAACUUUUUAAGCUGUUUGUAAGUUGUAAGAAGCCACCUGGAUAUUUAUGGUUAAUAAUCUGGCCACUUCUGAUGAAAAAGCCUCAAUUAUGAAGGCAUUUUAAGCUUUGGAUUUAAAUCAUGAUGGAUUAUUAAGUAAAGAAGAAUUGAUCAUUGGAUUUUCUUAAAUAAUGAGUGAAGAAGAAGCUGAAAAAGAGGUUUCAAGAAUAAUGAGAUUGAUAGAUAAAAAUAAUAGUUAACUUAUUGAUUAUACAGGUUGAUUUUUAUUAUUAUUUAGAAUUUCUUAUGGCAAGUACUAGCAGAACAGAAUUUCUGGAUGAAGAAAGAAUUGAGAAAGCUUUUCAAAUGUUUGAUCUUGAUAAAAGUGGUGGAAUAUCAUAAGAAGAAAUUUGUGAAGUCUUAGGUGGAGGAUCAUUGUACGAUAAAAAAGUUUGGUCAGAUUUAAUUAAGGAUGUUGAUAUCAAUGGAGAUGGAGAAGUAAUAAUUAUUAAUAAUAUUUUAGAUUUAGUUAGAUGAAUUUAGAUAAAUGAUGUUGUCGAUGAUAACAAAGGAAUGA